GGCCGACGUUGGGCAAGCACCUGUCAGAUGAUGCGCUGUCAGACUGGCCUGCAUGCGACGACAAGACGGGCACGGACGGAGAGGAUAUAUUUGAUGACGGGCGGCAGUAGCUCUCUGAGCUGUUCCUGGGCUGCCAACUCGAAGAAAGAUGGACGAUAUCUGGCCUGCGGUCAGCCAAGCGUUCGCGUGCCGACUUGCUAGCGUACCUGUCUGGCCCGUUGGCGAUGUCACCGAGGAAUUCCAUCUAUGAGAGGGUGUGAAGACUGAUAGCCGGCUCGGCUCGGGGUGACGUUGAUCGUUCGUUCGGCGAGUCGCGCGCGUUCUUCUGCGGACGAGAGGACACGACAGAGUGGUCAGACGACUCGCUUUCCUGCCCCACAGUUCCUCGCAGUACGCAUCUUGCAAGCGACAGGAGAGAAGCGAGAGCAGUCGACAGGAUGGCAGAGAUGAGAGGAUGGGUAGCGCGAGUCCAGAGCGGUGACACUCUGACUUUACGUGGCAAGCCAGGUCCUCAAGGUCAGCCACCCAAGGAACGGGUCCUCCACCUUGCCUUUCUCGCCGCACCCCGUCCAGGCUCUCGAGAUCGAGCAGACGAGCCCUACAGCUUUGCGAGUCGAGAGUACCUACGUCAGCUCACCAUCGGCAAGGAAGUCCUCUUCUCGGUCGUCUACACCGCACCAGCCCAGAGUGGCCAGCUCGACUUUGGCAGCGUCAGGAUCAACACGCCCAACGGCAUGAUGCGUGUCGAAGAUCUGAUCGUUCGCGAGGGCUGGGCAAGAGUCAAGGAGUCUCGCAACAUGAACGCACCUGCCGAAGGGGAGACGCUCAGCGACGAAGCCGUCCGACGUGGCUCGCUCCAGAACAGCCAGGAGCUCGCUCGAACGGAGGCACGCGGGAUCUGGGCGAGUACGCAGACUGAUGCAAAUCACGAUGUGCAAUACCAGCCGCCGUCUGACCCGAAAGCUUUCCUUCAGCAACACCUCAACAAGCCCAUCACUGCAGUCGUCGAGCAGGUUCUCAAUGGCUCGACCCUCCGUUUGCGCCUGUUGCUCUCGCCAGACACGCACCAGUUUGUUGCAGUGACGCUUGCGGCGACACGCUCGCCUCGUGCUGCUGCCAUCACCAACGGCAACGAUAGCAAGAGCGAGGAGCUUGGUGAUGUCGCACGCUUCUUCACAGAGUCCCGACUGCUGCACCAAGACGUGACGGUCAGCCUGCUCGGCCUGCCACCUCCGCCCGUGACGAGCAAUACCCCCUUUGUCGCGACUGUCACCCAUGCCCAGGGCAACAUCGCCGCCUUCCUGCUCCAGGGUGGCCUCGCUCGUAUCGUUGAUCCGCAUGCUGGCCUGCUCGGACCAGAGGAGAUGGGUGCGCUGCGUCGCGCAGAGGCCGACGCAAAGGCUGCCAAGAAAGGCAUCUGGCAUGCCUACACCGCUCGAGCGCCGAACUCGACAUCCAGCGUCGCCUUUGAUGCGACCGUGACCCGAGUCUACACAGGCGACAGCAUCGGUAUACGAAGAGCUGGCGGCUCACACGAAGAGCGUGUCAUUCUCAGUAGUAUCCGUCAAGCCAAGGCGACGGAUCCCAAGCAGGCAGGCUAUGCGAACGAGGCGAAAGAGCUGAUGCGAAAGAGGCUGAUCGGCAAGACGGUCAGCGUGACGACAGACUAUACCAAGCCGCCAGACGGUGAAUUCGAAGCGAAGCAGUGUGUCACCAUCCGACUGCCCAAUGGCACCAAUGUUGCCGAGCAGCUCCUCGAGCGCGGUCUAGCAGUCGUCAUCCGCCAUCGCAGAGACGACACCGACAGAUCACCCGAAUUCGAUCAGCUCAUGGCGGCGGAAGCGAAAGGUCAGGCUGACAGGAAGGGUGUGCACAGUGGCAAGCCAUCUGCCAUGCCACGCAUCAAUGACGCUUCAGAGUCUGCCAACAAGGCAAACGGCUUUCUUGCUGGCUUCAAGCGCGCCGGCAGAUUGCCCAUCAUGGUCGACUUUGUCGCGACAGGCUCUCGCUUCAAGAUUAUGAUACCCAGGCAAGAAGUCAAGCUCACACUUGCCCUCGCUGGCAUCCGUACACCUCGAGCACCUAGAGCAAACGAAAAGGGCGAGCCUUACGGUUCCGAAGCCCACGAAUUCAUGAACCAACUAGCGGCGCAGCGAGACGCAGAGGCAGAGAUCGACUCGACUGACAAAUCGGGCGGCUUUCUUGGCACGCUCUGGCUGCAGAAGGAUAUCAAUGCGGCCGAAGUCCUCGUACGAGAGGGCUUGGCUCAUGUUGACCAUCGCUCGGCGGAACGUCUGCCGACUUAUCAGCAGCUGGUCGCCGCAGAAAAGCAGGCGCAGGAGGCGCAACGUAACCUCUGGUCCGAGUAUGAUGCGCAAGCCGAAGCGCAGAGGAGUGCCGCGAUCAAGGCAAGCGCUGCGCCUGUUGACCCAUCGGCUGCGCGCACUGAGAAGAUUACGCUGGUCAUCUCUGACAUUGACAGCCGUGCGACGCCCUUCACCUUCUCAUUCCAGACGUUACAAGCGAAUGGUCGCCUGCCAGAGCUCGAGUCACUCAUGUCUACAUUCUCAGUAGCGCAUCAGGCAGCGACGAAUGGUGCCACUGCGCCUGUCGUGCCUCGCGUUGGCGAUCUCGUGUCUGCUCGCUUCUCAUCGGACAAUGCCUGGUAUCGCGCCAAAGUGACGAAGCAUAACCCCCAGCGCAAAGUAGUGGCGCUGCUCUACAUCGACUAUGGCAACACUGAGGACAAUGUUUCUUACUCGAGCCUUCGUCCUCUCGAAGAUCGCUUCCGAAAGCUGCCGGCUCAGGCGCGCAUGGGCAUAUUGAGCAUGAUCAAGCUACCAUCGGUGUCGAGCGACUAUUCAGAAGACGCGUUUGCGGCGCUGCGGGAAUAUACAGAAGGUCAAAUCCUGACCGCCAAUGUUGACUGGCACGACGUCCAUGGCAGGCUGGCGUUGACGCUUUACUCGGGCAAGGCGAGCGACCCGAGUCGGUCGAUCAACGCGUCACUGCUGCGCGAGGGCCACGCGACGGUCGACGAAAUGGCGCAGCACAAGAACGCAUACCCGGCUGCUCUCAAGGCCUACAGACAAGCUAGUGAAGAGGCGCGUCGUGCUCACGCUGGUCAAUUCGAACACGGCGACCCGAGUGAAGAUUGA